GGAGUUCUGCAUCAGUAUCACGUUGCAGUUUUAGCCGCGAAUAUUAAAAGCGAAAUCGCAUCCCGCAGAGAUACUCUUUUCCAGAGUCUAGUGAAGAGCAGUUAGUUUGCCAAUUAAAUAUUCAUCUAAAGUGUGUUCUAUUAGUAUUGACUGAACUUUGUCGUCGAAUAAAGCAAUCUUCAGAAUGUGCGGAAUAUUUUCCAUAUUUCUCAAUGCUUCCAACAGUACCGAUUCGGACCUUUAUCGGUAUGGUACCCGUACAGAGUCCCUCAGAGAGAUGGCUUUCCGCCAAUCUGGCAAGCAAAGACAACGUGGACCGGACCACACCGGAUUGGUGGUGGACAACGAUUGCGGAUUUGCUAUGGUCCAUGAGAGACUAUCGGUUGUUGGCGUGAAGUAUGGGAGCCAGCCCUUCGUGUCGAAAGAUGGGACUGUACUGUUGGUUGCUAACGGUGAAAUUUACAACUUCCGGCAAUUGGCCAAGGAAGUUAACGGAGCUCUGGAUGAAGAUGGCGAUGUGUACGUUCCGAGGAGUGAUUGUGAUGUUAUUUUGGCGUACUAUGAGAAGUUUGGAGUUGCCGCAUUGAUAGAAACAAUUCGUGGAAUGUUCGCCUUCGUUCUGUAUGAUAAGAAAAAUGAACACGUUUUGGUGGCACGAGAUCCUAUCGGUAUUAUUCCACUGUACAGUGGCGUGGAUAAUGAAGGAAACAUGUGGAUUGCUAGCGAGAUGAAGUGUUUGGUAGAGAAGUGUUCAGAGGUCAAGGUGUUCCCACCAGGUUGCGUGCAUUACGGCACUAGACACAUGCUGGAUCCUAAACCGUAUCAUAAACCCCAAUGGAUGUUCCAAACACCAUCGAUGCAUGUUGACCUACUAAAAGUAAAGCAGUACUUGGAAGAGGCAGUUGCAUCCCACUUGCAUUGUGACGUCCCACUGGGGGCGCUAUUGAGUGGAGGAUUAGAUUCCAGUUUAAUAGCAUCUAUUGCCACGAAAAUGAUGACAAAACGGCACGGACCGGACUAUCGUUUGAAAACCUAUAGCGUGGGUCUUAUUGGGGGACCAGAUUUUAAGUACAGUAAAAUCGUAGCAGACUAUAUAGGAAGUGAUCACACUGAGGUGUACUUUACUGUCGAUGAAGGGCUGAACUACAUCCGGGAUGUAAUUUAUCACACAGAGACAUAUGACAUUACUACGGUUCGCUGCUCCAUUCCAAUGCAUUUGUUAUCACGAUUCAUCAAAAGCGAAGGAAUUAAAAUGGUUCUGUCCGGCGAGGGAGCGGAUGAAGUGUUUGGCGGGUAUCUUUACUUCCAUCAAGCACCGAACCCCGUGGAAUUUCACCGAGAAACAGUGAUGCGUGUUCAAAAUCUUCAGUACUCCGACUGUCUUCGUGCAAACAAAUCAACAGCCGCAUGGGGUUUGGAGCUUCGUGUGCCGUUUUUGGAUACCGAUUUUGUAAAUUAUUCUAUGAGCAUCCGUCCGGAAGAUCGUAUCCCGCAAACCAGAAUGAACGGAAAGAUUCAAUCGAUGGAAAAAUUCAUUCUUCGUCAAGCAUUCUCCGACAACUAUUUACCGGCAGAGGUCCUCUGGCGACAAAAGGAGCAGUUCUCUGACGGGGUCGGCUAUUCCUGGAUAGAUACCAUCACCGGGUAUGCGGCGUCCCAUGUGACCGAUGAGCAAUUUUCUACCGCUGGCGAGAGGUUCCCUUUUAACACUCCACCCACGAAGGAGGCAUAUUAUUAUCGGCAACUGUUCGAAGAAUUAUUUCCACACCGAAGCUGCGCUGCCACGGUCAAGAGAUGGGUUCCGCGAACCGAUUGGGGAUGUUCCGCGGAUCCAUCCGGGAGAAAGCAGACCGCACAUAUCGAACAAAAUUAACCGAAGUCUGAUUUCUUUCUUUCUUUGGUUUUAAGAGGCUUUAAACUUUGCAGUUCCUUCGCCUCUAAGUCUGAUUUAAGUUAAUCAAAUGUUACAAACAAUCAUGUUGCAUAUGUGAAAUUAUAAGCGAUUUUGAUCAUUUAUCGAUCAACACCAAAAA